AUGGCUGGCACUGUCAUCCUUACUGGAGCUAACGGCUCGGCCGAUAGCAAUACACAGAACUUACGUCAAGUUAUCGCGCGUUACCCAGACGCGAAGACUUCGAUUUAUCAGGUUGACUUAGCAAAUCUUUCGGCAGUGCAUGAAUUCGCUAGCAAGAUAUCGAAAGCCGUUGAGACUGGGGAGUAUCCAGCCCUUAAAUCUAUCAUAUGUUGUGCCGCAUAUUGGAACCUCGUCGGCGAUUCCGAGCUUACAACAGAUGGUUAUGACAAAACUCUACAGAUUAACCAUAUCGCGCAUGUCGCCCUCGUGUUGCGACUCAUUGGUAGCUUCGCUUCCGACGGCUCUAUCGUGCUUUUCUCAAGCAUUGCCCACUAUCGCAAACCGAAUGCUAUGACGUCCUAUUUGCCUGAUAUUCCUGAUGAUAUCGAUCAGUUCAAUCACCCGCCCGCAAGCGGGGACAAGAAGGACCGUGGCUUUCAACGGUACGCGAAUUCCAAGCUUGUAAUCACGACUUGGAUGUACCCCCUUAACCGUUACCUACAGCAAAACCAAAAGUUCAAGAACAUCACCGCCGUAGCUAUCAACCCAGGUGGACUCGGCGAUUCGCGUGCCUUUACUUCUAAUACUCCUCGAUCCAUACAGCUAGCCCAAAAAUUCGUCCUCAAACCAUUCAUGUCAAUAAUCCAAUACCUAGCCGAUCCGACAUUCCGCUCAUCAGCCGAGGCGGCCAAGGAUGUUAUAAAACUUGCAGUAGAUGAGGCAUAUCAGGGUGAACAUGGCUACUUUACCCUGCUGCAGAAGGAUGACAGUGACCCUAUUACAAUGGAUGAGAGCGUACAGCAAAGAGUCUGGAGAAAGAGCUUGGAAUGGGCCAGGAUUACGAAGGACAACACAGCUCUAAAGAAUGUUAUGAAAUGA